AUGGCUGAUUUGUUGUCGAUCCUAAGCUUGACUAUCUCGCCUUCUUUUCAUAGUAUCUCACUCAACAAUUCCUUGAUCCACAUAGCUUGCUUCGCUGCUUCUGUUGCUGCCAUGAAUUCUGCUUCGCAUGAUGACAAUGCAACCGUCUGCUGCUUCUGCGACGUCCAAGUAAUCAGUGAUGAACCCUUGGAAUUAUCCAACACACUACUCGAAUCUCCCUUUCUCCGUAGGCUUUUCCUUUCUCGCCAUCAACUCUCACACUCUAUGUGGUCGCUCAUGGUGAAAGAUGAUCAGCAAGAAGCCGUUGCUCACUACAGAUGCGACAUUUGGGGUCAUCCAACACAACAACUUGGCUCUUACAUCGCCACUUCCAUUACCGAAGCAUUCUUAAACCACAAGCAAAAAUACAGACAAGUCGGAGCCGUGGCUUACACGGAUGUCGGGUUGAUUCUUAUCCAGGAGGAUUACUGGAACCUAGGUUUAGCCACACUAACCGAUAGAGAUGGCGUCGUUUUGGGUUACAAAGUCGUUCUUCUAUAUGAUGCUAUACCACGGAAAAAGAGUUUUAGUUUGCUGAUAUAUUCGUCAGAGACUGGCUUGUGGAGUCAAGAAACCGUACAGUUUCCUUACUCUUUUAGCCGUCAGGAGUUUCGCUAUUCCAUUAGCUUGAACGGAAAUCUUCACUGGGUCGCUCGCAACAACGUGAAUGAUGAAGUUGUUGUAUCCACCGACUUCUACGGUUCUGAGCAUCCUCUGUGGGUGGUCGGAGCGUUACAUGUUUCUCGAGGGAGUCUCAUGUAUAUGAACAUUGCCGCUCAAGGCGAUGAGCAUGAUAAACUAAGCGUGUGGAGGCUAAAGAGCAGCUGGGAAUGGCAAAUAGUAUCUGAAGUAUCCUACAUUGGUUAUAAACACCCUUAUAUUCCGUUGGCGAUAAACCCCUUUGAUGCUGAAACAGUCUACUUUUGGAGCAACGACUUGGACAACCAAUGUUUGGUAUCUAUGAACUUGCGCAUUGGCGAGUUUGUCUUCCACGGUAAGUUGGAACGUAGCAGCAGCGAUGGUUGCAUUGUCAAGUCCCCUGAAGGCCACACUUUUAUACAGCUCGCCCAAGAAUUUUCGUAG